CGUUGUGGCACGUCGGCGUUACGUAUGAAGUUGGUGUUUUGACGAUCGGCUUGGUUUUGAUUCAUUCGCAGGGUUACAAAGUUGGUAUGAAUUUGGGUGAUUGAACUGCACAACACUCUGCCGACAUCGUAGUGUUAGAGAUGUCUGGGCGUGUGUACGCCAGCAUCCUUCAGAAAGCUUCAAGCUACACACUGACACUUUCUUCUACUACCCCAUUACAGCCUCGACCAGCCCAACUUUGUCACUUUGUCACUUCCCGAGGGCGACACCUCUCAACUCGCCAGGAUCUUGACUUCCAGCUCAGCCGGGUCCAAAUCAACAGUAUUCUUCGAUCUAAUGAGCAGAUUGUGAAUGUGCCAGAGUUUGAUGUCAGGGGACUCAGUGCUGUGAGAAAGUUUGAAAGUAACCAGCUACCUGCUAACACACCUAAUGAGGACCGACGCAGUGCAGCUACCUGCUUGCAGUCAAAGGGCAUGCUCUUUGGAGUGUUUGACGGCCAUGGGGGUUGGGCGUGUGCCCAGGCUGUCAGUGAGCGACUGCUGUACUACAUAGCAGUUGCAAUGAUGCCAAAACAGAGCCUGGAGGUGCUUGAGAGAUGCAUGGAAGAUGGCAGACCUGUUCCUCCCAUCUUGCAGUGGUACAAACACCAUUCAGACUUCAACUAUCGUGAAUCAGCUUCACUCUACAUCGACCACCUCAGAGUUUUCUGGCAGGAAUUACUGGACAGUGAGGAUCAUGGUGAAGGCAUGAGCCCUCUAGAUGCUCUGGAUUGUGCUUUCAAACGGCUCGACGUUGACAUCUCCUUGGAGGCUCAAGUCCCUCUUUCCAAUGACCUGAUGAAAAGCACAGCUAUACAGGUGGCUUUUGCCGGUUGUACUGCUUGUGUGGCUCAUGUGGGAGCAGACGGGAUCCACGUGGCGAAUGCUGGAGACUGCCGAGCAGUAUUGGGGGUGCGGGAGGAGGACGGUUCAUGGAGCGCUUUACCCCUAUCUCAGGACCAUAACUCACAGAACCAUGCCGAGGUGGAGCGGAUCAGAGCCCAGCACCCACCCUCAGAGAGAGACACGGUGGUCACAGAUGACAGACUGCUUGGGAUUCUGAUGCCCCUGCGUGCGUUUGGUGACGUGAGAUUCAAGUGGAGCUGCGAGUUACAGCAAAGCAUUUUAGCCAGCCUGGAAUCGGGAGUGGAUCUCGACUCUCUCAACCUGUACCAGUACACUCCACCCAACUACAUAACUCCUCCCUACCUGGACGUCACACCUGAGAUAACAUAUCACAAGCUCAGACCACAGGACCACUUCUUGAUCCUCGGCACUGACGGGCUGUGGGAUGAACUAGAUAGUAAGGAGGCUGUACGACUGGUUGGAGAGCACCUGAGUGGAAUUCACCUACAGGCUCCAGUUUCUCCAUCUGAGAGGCAGCUGAAAUUGGGUCAGAUGCAUGAACUCUUACUGAAACGCCGGGCCCGUGCCUCCCCCGCCCUAGACACCAACGCUGCCACACACCUCAUCAGACAUGCACUUGGCACAGGGGAGUAUGGUGAACUGUGCCAGGAGAGACUGGCCUCUAUGCUCGCUCUGCCAGAGGACCUGGCUCGAAUGUACAGGGACGAUAUCACAGCUAUUGUGGUGUAUCUGAACUCUGACCUAGCCAGACCUCACCACAGUUAACAGAAUGUUGUUGUUUUUUUUCUUGAUUUUCUUUUUAUUUUUUUUCACAGUGCUGGACAGAGAUAAAACAUCUUUUGAGAUACAAAUCACAACCUGUUACAUACAUUAAUUUCUAAAUGUUUUUAACUGAAGGGACAGUUUUCAGUGUUUAUUGUGUACAGACACUUUUCUGUUCAGUAGGCUUAUAACAGGUUACAUAUUCAUAACCACAGUACUCAUCAGGUGUAAAUACACAUUUUUUGGCCCUUCAUUGUAUUCAUGACUCACUCUGAUUCUUAGAAGUAAAUACAAGGCUACAGAAUAUUGCACACACUCACUUCCUUGUCUUGUUCCUUGUCUGCAUUUAUGUUUCUAUUUGUCUUGUUUUUUAGACAAUCCGUCUCAAUUUUUUUUUGUUUACGUUUAUGUAAGCUGUGAAUGAUAUUUUUAAAUUUGUGUAAAUGUACUGUCUUUAAUGUGAUUGUCAGAUGUAUUUAAGUUGACACUCAUUGGAAGAAAUUGGUGUAAAUGCUUAAUAUUAAACGACUGAGAAAU